CGUCUAACUGUAGCAUUUCUUCUUUGGCUGAGGCGCGAGCUGGAUGUCUUCGUACUUCUAAGUGUUCGUCAUUCGGGCAUAUGGCAAAAACAGCCUGCUUUCUUUCUUAUACCAGUGUCCCCACUACUCUUUAAAAAUUCCGCCGAAAAAGAGAAGACGAUUUUCCAACUCUGUCAGGCCGUUAUCUCACGGCUCCCCUCUUUCUGUGCAAGUGUAUAAACGCUACCCAGAAGGUCUAGGGGAGGCCCUCUACCGCGAGCAGUUCGACUUCAACGCGGAGCCACCUUGGGAUCCUAGUUGAUAGCGGGAGAGGUCCAUCUCCCAUCUUAUCCAUUUUGUUGCAUAUUAACAGGACCUCAAAGGCUCAGUAAACUCUCUUUAUGAUUGUCGGAUCUGCGGACUACGGUUGAGAUGAAAGGAUUUACUGAUGAACGAAACUAUGUUGUUGAGCUGCUUGAUGGUGGAACAACCAUUGAAGAUGCCAUUGAAAACCACAUUUAUGAACAAGCUCUGGCUGAAAAGAAUGCGUUUGUUGUGGCCAACCUUGGGGCCUUAAUGCGGCAGCAUGUUGUCUGGCAAAGCACCAUGCCUCUGGUUCGCCCCUUCUACCCAGUGAAAUGUAAUCGGAGCCCUGCAGUCAUUGAGAUUUUGGCUGCAUUGGGAGUUGGUUUUGUCUGCUCAAAUAAGACUGAACUCUCUAUGGUACUUAACCAUGAUGUCCCUACUGAGAACAUCAUCUUGUCUGGUGUGUGUAAGCAGCUCUCACACAUUAAAUAUGCUGCCAAGAAUGGCAUCAACUACCUGGUGUGUGAUAACGAGGCGGACCUUUGUAAAAUUGCCCGAGCUCACCCAAAUGCAAAACUCCUCUUGCAGUUAUCUACUGAAUCUCAGGCAGAGGAGGCAAGCAUGGUCUUUGGCUGCUCCGUGAAGCGCUGCAGGCAUCUUCUGGAAACUGCCAGAGAGCUGGGCAUGGAUGUGAUUGGAGUAGUGUUCCAGGUACCAUCAUGCAAAGACCCCCAAGUUUAUACCCAUGCACUCGCAGAUGCACGCUGUGUAUUUGAUAUGGCAGAGGAACUUGGGUUUCACAUGGAGAUUCUGGAUAUUGGUGGUGGAUUUGGUACUUCUGAAUUUCAGUUGAAACAGACCCAUGCUGCUGUUAUACCUUUGUUGGAGGCCCAUUUCCCUGUUGUGUCUGCGGUGCACAUCAUUGCUGAGCCAGGAACUUUUUAUGUGUCUUCCUGUUUCACUCUGGCUGUAAAUGUCAUUGGCAAGAAAAUGGUAGCCAGGGAUCUCCAUGGCAAAGCUGUGGCAGAACGAACUUCAACCGAUGAGCCAGAAUUUUUGUACUAUCUGAAUGAAGGUGUCUAUGGAUCUUUUGUUGGUAAGCUGUUGGGAAACACCGUUCCGUCCCCCACAGUACAUAAGACAUUCACAGCAGAUGAGCCAGGGUUCUUUAGCAGCUUGUGGGGUCCCUCUUGUGACGCGUUGGACCAGGUGGUUGAGCACUGCCUUCUCCCUGAGCUCACUGUGGGAGAUUGGCUCAUCUUCAAAAACAUGGGGGCCAGUGGUCAGGAGGAAGCAGGAACUAUUGGUGACGCACAAAAACCACCUGUGUAUUAUGCCAUCUCAACAGGCGACUGGUUUGAGAUGCAGAAGUCUGGAAUCUCUCUUGACAACCCAAUGAAGAACUUUUCAUUAGUACAGUAUGGCUUGUAAAUCUGGCUCCAACCUCUAAACUGAGCAAUUGAAUGGCCUGCACAGUGAACAUUCCAGCAGCCAUGGGUGGGAAAACAAUAGGUGGCCACUAGGACAGGAGAGAGGGUAGAUUUAGGGAUCACAAAAUUAUUACCCUUAUUUCAGUUUCUCUCAGUAUAUUGAUUGAAAUGCUCAUUUUCCUUGUCACCUGAAGGAAUGAGUCAGGAAACCCUGUAUUUAGGAGUAACAUAUGCAACAAAAUGGAUGACUGUGGAGAUGGAAUCCAGUCUUUGGGUUUCAUUAUCAAAAAUCGUUUACAUAAGUGUUCAGUUAAUUUAACUAUAUAUUGAUUACCUGCUGACAGUCUUGUAAAUGAGUUAUCUGUUGCACCAUAAUGCACUUGUCUAUAUUAAAAUCAAAUGUGAUUUUAAUGAGUUUAGAAUAUCAAAUGUUAUGACCCUAUUUGUAGAUUGACACAGUGAAAUUUUGAUAUUGAUUUGUUAUAUUGUUAUAUCAUUGCUUACCCAUACUUGUUGACCAUGAGUUUAUAGAACUGUGGAGUACAUCUAAUCAACUUUUGUUGUAUCCUCAGUACCUGGACUGUGGCAUUAUUUCCCAGUACUGCUAAGUAUUUUGUGCUGUUCCUUGAUUAUGCGCUGUGAUUGACGCUGUGACCUCAAACGGCUCUUGUAAAAAAGCUAUCUAGAGGCACCUGUAGACUGCUAUCUGUCUUUCCCGGUACAAUUAAGAGUCAAAUGUUUGACAUUAAAGGAACUUCUAAGAACUCAGACUGCAAGGUGACUUCAAGCAAGAUCUGCAAGUACCAGAGGCAUUAUACUCUAAAUAUCAGUGACCGUUGCCAUAAAUGCUGCAAGACUCGUAUUGAUCUGACAAAUUGUCUCAGGUGUCUUUCUAUAAAUGGCUGUUGUUUUUCA